AUGCUUGAACCCACCAUCACAUGUGUGCGUGUGCCUUUGCAGAUCCUUCAGUUAAACGCACAAGACCUGAACAAUACCCCCAAGGCUGACAUCGACGUGCUCUUCUUCAAUCGCGUACCCAAGACGGGCAGUAUGCAGCUAAUCGAGCUGAUGCGUCAGCUUGGCAAAGUCCACGACUAUGAGGUGGAAAAGGAUCCCCAAAACGGUGGCGUCCUACCUAUCCUUGAGCUGCCCGAGCAGAGCGAUAUGAUCGAGAAUAUAGUCAACCUGGAGGAUGGCACUGUCUUUGCCAGUCACGUCAACUAUCUAAAUUUCACAAAGAACGAACAGCCCCGUCCCAUCUACAUCAAUAUGGUGCGCGAUCCGGUCGAUCGGGUGGUCAGUUGGUAUUACUAUAUUCGCGCCCCAUGGAUCUUUGUGCCCGGCCGCAGGCGCAGCAAUCGGGAAAUGCCCAAUCCCAAAUGGGUAAACACCGAGUACGAUCAGUGUGUGUUGAGUGGCGAGAAGGUCUGCACCUACAUCGAGGGUUCGCUCCUGGAGCAUGUGGGGGAUCAUCGCAGGCAGAUCCUAUUUUUCUGCGGUCACGAUGAGUUCAAGUGCACACCUUUCAACUCUCGUCUGGCCCUGCAAAUUGCCAAACUGAAUGUGGAGCGGGAGUACGCUGUUGUGGGCACCUGGGAACAUACGAACGAGACUCUUGCUGUCCUGGAAGCCUACGUACCCCGCUACUUUGCGGACGCUUCCAAAAUGUACUACUCUGGUCUGCAUGCGGAGAAGCAGAACGAUAACCCCAUGAAGCCCCACAUAUCGCAGGAGAUUCUCGAUAUGGUUCGUCGGAAUUUCACGCGUGAAAUCGAAUUCUAUCAAUUCUGUCGCCAGCGCUUGCACAAGCAAUAUCUAGCACUGAAACUGAACGAUCUUAGGCGCGUGGACAAGUCUUUGAUUCAAUUGGAGGCGGCCAAUGAUAUGGCUAUCAGGAACUAG